AUGGAACUUCUAUUUCUGGUUAUAUCUUCCAUUACUUUCUUCCUCUUCCUCCAUGGCCUCAACCUCUACCGUAGAAGAAAACUACCGCCGGGUCCUGUGGGCUUUCCCAUCAUCGGAAACCUUCUUGAGCUUGGACCAAAACCCCAUGAGUCCCUUGCCAAACUCUCCAAGAAACACGGUCCACUCAUGACAAUCCGAUUAGGCAGCAUUACCAGCGUGGUGGCCUCCACACCUGACGCCGCCAGAGAAAUCCUCCAACGCAAUGACGAGGCCUGCUCUGGCCGUAUCGUCCCGGACGCCGUCACCGCCUUGGAUAACCAUGAUGUGGCGGUCCUAUGGAUCUCACCAAACGAGGAGUGGCGGACCAUCCGGAAAGCCCUCAACACUUACCUCACCCACCAACAUAAACUCGACACCCUCCGCGACCUUCGCCAGAAUGUGGUGGAGGGCAUGCUGGAGUUCCUGCGGGAGUCCGGGCGGAAGAAGGUAGGCGUGGAUAUAGGAAAGCUGUCAUUCGCGGUGGCGCUCAACCAGAUGUCAAAUACAUGCCUUUCACAGAACGUGACAAGCUACGAGUCCGACGAUAUCGGUGGGUUCAAGACGGCGGUGAAGACAUUGAUGGAGGUGGACGGGAAGUUUAACAUAGCAGACAUAUUUCCGGUGUUGAAACCGUUGGACCCUCAGAACAUACGCCGGCAGGCGAAGGCUGCUUACGAUUGGUUCGAUAAAGUGACAGCAGGUUUCAUAAGUGAGAGACUAAAGCAUCGAAUGUCGAGCAUUGAGAGGUUUGGUGAUAUGCUGGAUUCGCUGCUGGACUAUAGUGAAGAGAACCAAGCAGACUUCAAUCUCAUACAUAUCAAGACUUUACUUGUGGAUUUGUUUUUAGCAGGGACGGAAACCAGCUCAAAUACAACAGAAUGGGCAAUGACUGAAUUAUUGAUUAAUCCCGACAUGUUCUCGAGAGUGCGUAAAGAAGUCUCCACAAUAGUAGGAAAGGAUGGGAAAAUUCAAGAAGCCAAAAUCCUUGAUUUGCCAUAUUUGCAUGCGGUUAUCAAGGAAACAAUGCGACUUCAUUUAUCGGUUCCAUUAUUAGUGCCUCACAAAACUGAGACAGAAGUUAAACUCGAUAAAUAUGUUGUGCCAAAAAAUACACAAAUUUUGAUCAAUGCAUGGUCUAUAGCACGAGACCCAAGGUAUUGGGAGGAGCCAGAAAGAUUCAAUCCAGAAAGGUUCUUGGGAAAUGAGCUUGACUACAAGGGUCAACAUUUCGAGUUUAUACCAUUUGGAUCUGGCCGAAGGAUGUGUCCUGGAAUUCCCUUGGCUCAUAGGGUUGUGAGUUUAAUGGUUGCAUCGUUUGUGUAUCAUUUUGAAUGGAAACUUCCACAUGCUAGAGAAGAGAUGGACAUGAAUGAUAUUUUUGGCCUCACUUUGUUAAGGGCAACACCUCUCUUUGCAACACCUAUACCUAUUAAAUAAGUGCAUAGACUUUGAAGAGAGCAUUCACCUAUUAUUAACUAUGGUUAAAACAGUUGUAGUAUUAUUUUUAAAAUUUGUA